AUGCUGUUCAAAAUGAUAAAUAAAAUGCCUGUACGUUCAAAUCUAUCUAUCUAUCUAUCUAUCUAUCUAUCUAUCUAUCUAUCUAUCUAUCUCUGUUCAAAUCUAUCUAUAUAUUUAUCAAUCUAUCUCAGUUCGUUCAGAUCUAACUCUCUAGCUAUGCAUCUAUCUAGGGAUCUCAGUCUGUUUAAAUCAAUCAAUCAAUCAAUCUAUCUAUCUAUCUAUCUAUCUAUCUAUCUAUCUCUGUUCAAAUCUAUCUAUAUAUUUAUCAAUCUAUCUCACGAUCUCAGUCUGUUUAAAUCAAUCAAUCAAUCAAUCUAUCUAUCUAUCUAUCUAUCUCUGUUCAAAUCUAUCUAUAUAUUUAUCAAUCUAUCUCACGAUCUCAGUCUGUUUAAAUCAAUCAAUCAAUCAAUCUAUCUAUCUAUCUAUCUAUUUCUGUUCAAAUCUCUAUGCAUCUAUCUAGCGAUCUCAGUCUGUUUAAAUCAAUCAAUCAAUCAAUCUAUCUAUCUAUCUAUCUAUCUAUUUCUGUUCAAAUCUAUCUAUAUAUUUAUCAAUCUAUCUCACGAUCUCAGUCUGUUUAAAUCAAUCAAUCAAUCAAUCUAUCUAUCUAUCUAUCUAUCUAUCUAUUUCUGUUCAAAUCUUUUCUUUUCAUCUUCUAUUUUCUUUUCUUCUUCCUUUUUCUUUUCUUCUUCAUCCUUUUUCUUUCUCCUUCCUUUUUCUUUCUUUCUUUCUUUCUUUCUUUCUUCUUCUUCCUUUUUUCUCCCUUUUUCUUUCUUCUUCUUCUUCUUCCUCCUUUUUCUUUCUUUCUCCUUCUUUUUUUUUACUACUUCUCCUUCUUCCUCCUCCUUCUUCUUCUUUCUGUUCAGCACAUUCCCUGAGGGAGCGACUAUGUCAAUAUACACAGUAGGCAACGAUUGCUGCUAG